ACCCGCGAUCGGGCAGACCGAUUCAACGCGAUCGGCAGCGGUGCCGUAGAUCGACCGCUGCCGCGCUCGUCGAGCAACCUCGAGGCGCGGCGAAUGGCGAACCGAUGGCGAAACGAUUCGGUCCGGUAACGGCGCGAUUUGUGCGCGAGCUCGCUGGAAUGCUAACGGUUUUACUGGCCGCCAUGCUCGCUCCAAUCUAAUCAGACGAGGCAAUUUUUUUCUUGAAUUGUUCAGACGCGUGUACCUCGGUUCCGUAGCUUUCUUCGAGUCGCGAUAAGACGCGCCUGACGACCACUGAUAACGUUGACGGGGAAACCGGGUCGAGCUCGACCUCGAGUGACGCUCGUCGGAAUCGUUUUGUCGUUUUCACGCUUAGCCCGCGCGCGGUUUUUUUUUCCCUGUCUGCCUGUCUACGCCCACAGGUGUGUCACGAUCGUUACGGCAGAUCGCAACACGGUUCACGGCCUCUGGCGCCGCGUUGCGUGGCGAUGGAAAGAUCCGCCGCGCCGUGUUUUGGCGCUCUUCAAAUUGGCGAGCGUCUCUUUUUAAGAGCCCGCAAAUGGCGAACGUUUAUUUUGCCAAUUAUUCGCCGCGCCGGUACGCGUGUUUGUUAAACGGAUGUCAAUUUCUAAAUAUUUAUUGUCACGUCGGUGAGACGCGCGGCCCCGAGAAAGUUUGUACAGCCAUUUCACUAUAAUAUGCGAAAAUGUGACCGGCAUUGUCAAUAUUUACCGACAAUGCGCGCGGAAUAUGUUUCCGUCCGCCAUGCUUGUCCCCCGCGUUAUUUCUAGCGUCGACAAUUCUUCGACGCUCGUCAGCGCUGCUGCGAUAAUUUAGCGCGCAAUUUAUCAAUGAAUAUCGAUAAUCCCGGGAGGUCCUUUCUUUCGCCGGGCAGAAGAGCCGCUUCUCGCGUCCUCGAGCGCAUAUCGCUGGGCGGAUGUUUUCCUUUAUUUUCGCAGGCGCGGGUGCGCAGGUGCACGCGUACGCGCGAGUCCUUGGGCGUACGAGAGUGAUGUAAGAUGAAUGAGACGAUACGCUCGCAAUGACAAACGCGUCCGCGGCGCGUUCGGUUGGGGAAAAUCGAAAGCUGGCGUGUGUUCCGAAGAGGAAGACUUGUCGAAAGGCGACCAGAGGGGGUACGAUUGUUGGAAGGAUCCAGACUUCCGGUACAUUCUAGAGAUGGUUUGCUGCGGUUGUGUGGACGAGCCCUCGUCUAAAGUGGAACCCACGACACCUGAUGGGCAAGGCUCCCCGUCGAACUAUUCAGAGCAGAUAUUCGUGAAGGACCGAUCAUGCACCGAUUUUCUGGCUGUGGUCGUCGUACUUGUCCUGGCAGGCGGUUUCAUCUUUAUGAUGACGAAUGUGGCGAAGAAGGGUGACGUUUUCCGGGUGAUAAACGGAUACGACGAUUGCGGAAACGUCUGCGGCCGCGUGACCCUGUAUGAAAACAACCCGAAAUUCGAGUGCAACGGUCGUUUCGACUACACCAAACUAUCGUAUCUCGAAAUCAACAUCGACGCCAACGGAGUGAAGAACCGUAAAUGCGUGUCAAACUGCACAGUGGACGAAUCCAAAAUAUUAUUCCUGAAUCGCUGUAUACACAAAAAGGUGACGGAGACUAUCAACUCCAUAAUAAGGACCCUUCGUUUGGACAGCUUUUACAACGAUGCAGUUACUGAUCUGGGAAUUGCGUGGCGCGAAUUGGUUUACCUUUUGCUCAUAGCUUUGGGACUUUCUCUCGGUAUCCUGGUGGCCUUCCGCUAUAUGGUACAAUAUGUCAUUUAUGUUGUAUUGAUCGGCGCAGUUUUGGCUUGCAUCGGCGGCACAACGUAUCUCUGGCUGGCAUGGUAUCGCGAGAAGAAGAGCUUGGAAAGGAAUGAAAUUUACCCGGAGGAUUCCAGCGUGGAGCCCUACUUCAUCUACGCUAUUAUCAUGUCGGUCGUUGCUGUCAUCGUACUCCUAGUGAUUCUGGUGAUGAGGAAGAGAAUCGAGCUGGUCAUGCAGCUUUUCCGGGAGGCGGGUAAAGCCGUGUAUUCGAUGCCGGCGUUGCUGUUUCAGCCGAUUUAUACGUAUUUGCUGAUCGGGUCUACGGUAGUAGCGUGGGUCUACUGUAUGUUAUGGAUCGAGAGUGCCGGUGACAUUUACUUGAAUAGGAAAAAUCACGUUCAUUUCAAGAAGGAUGGCUUACUCAUUGCAACGAGAUGGUACAAUCUGUUUUUAUUCUUCGUGGCAUGUGAAUUCUAUUUGGGUUGCCAGCAUAUGGUCGUCGCUUGCGCUGUUGCCCGAUGGUUCUUUACGAGGGACAAAAAACGCCUUUCUCUGCCUGUGGCAAAAGGAUUUGGAUAUCUUAUAAGAUAUCACAUGGGCACCGUGGCUUUUGGGGCUUUAAUAAUAGGCAUUGUUCGAGUGAUCAGAGCCAUGAUCUCCUUCGUCCAGAAUCAUCUAAAGCAGUACGACAACGCUUUCGUGAAAGGAAUUUUAUGGUGUUGCCAAUGUUGUCUCUGGUGUUUCGAGUGUGUUCUAAAAUUCCUCACAAGGAAUGCUUAUAUCGAGACAGCUAUAUACGGAUGCAACUUCUGCACAGGCGGAAGGAAGGCAUUCCAAGCUUUGUCCAGCAACAUUUUGCGAGUAGCGGCGAUCAACAGCGUCGGCGAUUUCGUUCUGUUUCUGGGCAAAGUCCUCGUCGUGACGCUUACGGUUGUGUCCGGGAUUUAUUUGAUGCAGGUACAGAAAAAGGAAGGACUUAACCACCCUUGGAUACCAAUCACUCUCGCGGGGAUAUUUGCAUUCCUGGUCGCGCAUUGCUUUAUUUCCAUCUACGAGAUGAUCAUUGACACGAUAUUCAUAUGCUUCUGCGAGGACUGCGAGAAAAAUGACGGCAUCAACCGUCCUUAUUUCAUGAGCCGCGGCUUGAUGGAGUUCGUGGAGAACAGCAAGAAAGCUUUGAGGCAGCUGGAAUACCAGGGUGCUGCGGCCAUGUAACAAGCGUUAAGAAUUAGAUUUUGUUUUGGAGAAUGCAUUGUGGAGUGUUUCGAAAAUUCAAUGUUUGGCCAGUGCAACGAUCGCUAUAGAACGUACGCGGGAAUCUCUUCUUUUAGCGUGUGUAUCUUUGAGGGACGAUCGCGAAACUGCGAAAAGAAACAGAAAUAGCUUCCUUUGGUGCACGCGUAAGUUGCCUUCUCUCAAUGUGCGGCAGUUAUCGAAGUCGUUCCACACCAACGAAGCGUGGUAAUGCGCACAAUCGACUGUUCCGAUCAAUCCGACGGAUUGACUACACGGAGAGAAUUUUCUCUUAAAAUUUCUCCUGAAAAUCACGUGGCCGUGGGACAACGUGGCAUCUUGAAGAAUUUUAUGAGUCUUUUGAGAGUUUACCAUACAUUGUACUAGUAAUUCUACUAGCGAGAUGUAUGGCAAAAUUUCAAAGGGUCAUAAAACUUCUCGAAACGUCGUGUUGUCCCGCGAUUACAAUACUUUCAGGAUAAAUUUUAAAGGACAGUUCUCCCCGUGUACAUUACCAGGAAUGUUACGAAUCGUUCUAUAUUUUCGAAGUUCCUAUUUCUAAAAAUAUUUUUUGUAUAACAAGAUAGCUUUCUACAUAAACUUAGCCGAGAUAGGUGUGACACUCGCGCAGUCGCUGCGAAUACGCUGAUUUGGCAGCCUAAACUUACGACGUUGUACCCUUCGUACCGUCAGAAGUGAUUCUUCGCGAACAAAUUAAUUUAUAAGACGCCCGUGUUCUGCAUCCUAGAGUAUAAGCUUAAAGUCACAUCGUUAACGAAUGUACUCGUUCUCUAUCGCUGUAAAUAUUUCGUUUUUUUUUAUAAACAAGUGCCUGCGACGGAUAAUUUUUCAUUUUGAUACAAAUGCCGUGUAAGAUAUAAUUAAACUGCUCUAAUACUAACAGUAUAGUCGUGCUAUUUCGACAGAGAAAAAAAAAAUAUAUAUAAGAUUAAUAUUAUAUAAUGUCAACGAACGAAACUCAAAUACAAGAGUGUAUGACAAAUCUAA